UGGACCGGAGACACCCCUGACCCGUGGCCAGAUCCAGGGGCAAGAGUUCUCUCCAGAGGCCAGAGAAGGACUUAAGGCCUUAAGUCCUGGGGUCCUGGUGGGCGGGCAGCGCACCCCACACACCCUCUCUGCUGUGCUAGGUCCUGGUCCGGUCGCUCUACUCCAGGGCCGUCAGAGGCUGACCUUUGGGGAGGGAGGCAGCGGCCUCCACAGUACUCUGCCACCUAGCGGUGCUUUCGGAAGCUAGCCACUCUCCCUGUUGGGUCUUCCUGCACCUGGUCCACCCUUGGGUUGCUGGGACACUCCGAGCUUUCCCAGACGAUGGCCUUCCAGGUGACGGGUCCGGACAAGGUGCAGCUGAACCGUCUGCAGCCCUUCCUGGACCAGGAGGAGGUGGAGGAGGCGGAGGACGGGCAGCUGCUGGAGCCAGAGGCCUGGAGGACCUACACGGCCCGCCGCAACGCCCUGCGGGAGUUCCUGACCUGCGACCUGAGCCCCCACCUGCUGAAGCGCCACCACGCCCGCAUGGAGCUGCUGCGGAAGUGCUCCUACCACGUCGAGAUCCUGCCCAAGCACCUGGCCCUGGGCGACCAGAACCCGCUGGUGCUACCCAGCACGGUCUUCCAGCUCAUCGACCCCUGGAAGUUCCAGCGCAUGAAGAAGGUGGGCACCGCGCAGACCAAGAUCCAGCUGCUGCUGCUCGGAGACCUGCUGGAGCAGCUGGACCAGGGCCGCGCCGAGCUGGACGCCCUGCUGGAGUCGCCGGACCCGCGGCCCUUCCUGGCGGGCUGGGCCCUGGUGGAGCAGCGGCGGGCGGACCUGUCCGCGGUCAUGGACAGCUUCCUGGCCUUGAUGGUGCCAGGGCGUCUGCACAUCAAGCACCGCCUAGUGUCGGAUGUCGGCGCCACCAAGAUCCCGCACAUCCGGCUCAUGCUCAGCACCAAGAUGCCGGUCAUGUUCGACCGCAAAGAGUCGGUGGCCCACCAGGACUGGGUGACCCUGCGCUGGUUCGUCACCAUCCAGCCGGCGGUGCCGGAGCAGUUCGAGCUGCGCUUCAAGCUGCUGGACCCGCGGACGCAGCAGGAGCACCUGCAGCGCGGGCUCAUCCCCGUGGCCGCCUGCAGCUUCGAGGUCCACAACCUGCUGCCCAGCCGCCUCUACAAGUUCACCGUCAAGAGGGCGGAGAGCUACACGCUGGUGUACGAGCCCUGGCAGGACAGCCUCACCCUGCAGACCAGGCCGCGGACCCCGGAAGGGCCCGUCCCUGGGCGGCUGGGCAGGCCGGCCCGCCCCUGACCACAGCUUCCGAGAGAUGAUUUUUAGUCUUUAGCCGCUAAUAAAGAGGAGUAGAAACUCACUCACAGUCGAAGAAGCAAACCUACUUAACGUCCCAGGGGCAGCCACAGCCACAGGCACGCGUCCCCCAGCUUGGCCCACCCCAGGCCCCGCGGCUUCUCCGGGGGGGCCCCCGAGUCUCCCAGGACAGCGCACCCCUGGAGUGAGAAGUCUCAGCCCUGGCGUCUGGGUGCCACAGCCAGUGACGACAGCAGCUCCCAGGGUCUCUGCCCCUUCGGCCUCUCCCCAUCCCUGUCACCAGCUGUGCAGCCUCGGAAGGCACUGGCUGUCCCCUCAGGGGGCCCACAGCCCUGGCCAGACCCCGCAGGCAGGCAGGCCCCAGCACUCUCGACCCCAGCUUCAUCGGGAUCAGGGUCCCUGAGGCCUAAAGGACAUUUUUUUUUCUUUUAAAGUUUUUAUUUAUUUUUAGAGAAGGGAAGGGAGGGACAAGGAGGAAGAGAAACAUCAGUGUGUGGUUGCCUCUUGAAUGCCCCCAACUGGGAACCUGGCCUGCAACCCAGGACUAUGCCCUGACUGGGAAUCGAACCAGCGACCCUUUGGUUCACAGGUCGACUCUCAGUCCAUGAGCCACACUAACCAAGGCUAGAC